AUGCCUUCACUUGAGCUCGUCUACUUCAGCCUUCGUGCACGCGGAGAAACGGCAAGAUUAAUGUUUCAUUAUACUGGCACACCUUUCAAAGACACGCAAAUUGAUUAUUACAAGGAAUGGCCGGCUAUGAAACAUGACAAGGCUAGUAUGUAAAUUUUCUGUUUUGUAAAAAAAGUUUUUGCCUUUUUUGCUUUGCAAAGAAAGUUAUUGCCAUUUUAUAGUUUGUAAAGAAAGUUUUUGCAAUUUUACAUUUUGUAAAGAAAGUUCUUGCUAUAUUUUGUUUUGUAAACAAAGUUCUUGCAAUUUAGAGUUUCCAAACGCUCAACUGCCAGUACUACUAAUCGUUGGUGUAGUACUAGCCGAAAGCCAUGUUAUCAAUCGUUAUUUGGCCAGACAGCUUGGCCUAGAUGGUGGACCAGACCCAGUACAAAUCGCUUUGUUAGACUAUGCUUAUGAAGCGUGUAGACAAUAUGUUGAUAGUGUACAACCUUACUAUAUAGUUGCUACUGGCUUUGGCGAGGAAAACACGGUAAGAUCUUUUCUUUGGGUAAGGUAGGGCAAAACGGGGCGUGGGAACACAGAAAAGAGUAGGGCAGGACAGCAAAAAUCAGUUCAAAGCAUAUCAAGGCAAGGCAAGGCAAGGCAAGAGUCAUCUUAACACAAAUAAAACUAUAAAAACGAUCAUUUCAGGCAGAAUUUUACCUAUCGACCAACUUCAUUCCAAACUGCAAAACCCAACUGCCUAGAAUCAUCAGUCUGCUCAAACCACAUGGAUUUUUCAGUGAAAAAGGCGUUACCUAUGUUGACUUUUACAUUUCCAACUACAUUCAUACCUAUUUGAAGAUAGCUGAAGAAGAGGUCAAGAAGUAUCCAGAGAUUGUGGCACACAGAGAUCGAGUCUUCGCUUUGCCUCAAAUUCAAGAGUACUUGAAGCAGAGAAAUGACACUAUUUGUUGA